AUGGAUUCAAUUGAUACUUCAUCAAAGCCCGUAGAGGGUCCCGGAUUCUCAAUCCUAGCAAUCGGUGCCCUCUACCGCGACGUCAUCGUCAAGGUUCCCCAAUUCCCGGCCGAGGAUGCAAAGCAGUCUGCUACAUCAGAGAAAGUGCGCGUGGGCGGGAACAUCUCCAAUACGCUCUCCGUUCUCUCGCAAGUAGUCGCACCGGGUACACAAUUACUGUACGCGACGGCAGUCGGAGGGCCUGAAGCUAUCUGGCGAAUAACCCAGUUGAAAACCUCAGAAGUCAAAUCUCUUCUAUUCACCCACUUCUUCCCAAAAACUACUUUUAUGUCUCAUGCGUACGAUGACAUGCUCUCGCGUGUCUAUAACGCUCACUCGAGCUUCUAUCCUUCUUGGAUCCAUUUCGAAGGUCGCGAGUGCUUUAUGGUCGAAGGUGUUAUAGACCAUUUCAUCAGCCGGAGGGAGUACAAACAAAAUCCCUGCGUUAUCAGUGUAGAAUUCGAAGCCUACGGACGUCCCGGUUUAGAUCGGUUAAUGGGGAUGUGCGAUGUGGCGUUCAUAGCUGAGGGAUACAUGAAAGCAUUUCUGGAAGAAGCGAGCAAAGGCUCUUGGGAUGGAAAUGAUAAAGAGCUUAUGGUAAGAUUAUUUACGAACUAUUUGAAGCGAACGGCAAAGAGACGGGCAACGGCAUUUAUAACGGUUGGUUCUAAAGGUGCGUAUGCAGUACGGUUUGAUGCCGGAACGGUGGAGAUGAGAUAUAUACCUGCUCCGGAGAUUGCGUCUUCAGAGAUCGUGGAGACUACGGGCGCUGGAGAUACUUUUAUUGCGGCAGCGAUAUAUGCUUUGGGAUAUAGAAGGUUAGAUGCGGUUAAGGCGGCUAAGAUUGCAGUUAAUGUAGCGAGUAAGAAGUGUAUGUUGAUUGGAUAUGAUGGCCUUGGUAAUCCGGGCGCUGGGUUUGGCGUUUUAGAGGGUGAAAAUCCCUUUGCUACUCCAGCCGUGGGUAUGAGUCCCGUACUGCCGCCGGCUAGGCCUACAGAUGGCUUACUGUAA